AUGAAUCGUUCAUUAAUGUCAUUAUUAGGUCGUGAAGGUUUAGGUGAAAAGAUUACAGACGCUACACCUUUACCAGAUACAGCAGAAACAAUUCAUAUCUCUUCAUUAGCUUUAUUAAAAAUGUUACAACAUGCAAGAGCUGGUGUACCAUUAGAAGUUAUGGGUUUAAUGUUAGGUGAAUUAAUUGAUGAAUAUACAAUUAGAGUUAUUGAUGUAUUUGCAAUGCCACAAAGUGGUACAUCAGUUAGUGUAGAAGCAAUUGAUCCAGUAUUCCAAACUAAAAUGCUUGAUAUGUUAAAACAAACUGGUAGAGAUGAAAUUGUUAUUGGUUGGUAUCACAGUCAUCCUGGCUUUGGUUGUUGGUUAUCAAGUGUUGAUGUCAAUACUCAACAAAGUUUUGAACAAUUACAAUCAAGAGCAGUUGCAGUUGUAGUUGAUCCAUUACAAUCAGUUCGUGGUAAAGUUGUAAUUGAUGCAUUCAGAACCAUUAAAACUUCACCAACAGCAGAACCAAGACAAAUUACAAGUAAUCUUGGUCAUUUACAAGAUCCAUCCAUUCAAGCAUUAAUUCAUGGUCUCAAUAGAAAUUAUUAUUCCAUUGCUAUCAAUUAUCGUAAGAAUGAAUUGGAACAAAAAAUGUUAUUAAAUCUUCAUAAAAAGAAAUGGACUGAAGGUUUAAUCGUUGAUAAAUUUGAUACUCAUGAACAAUCAAAUGAAAAACAAAUUAAUAAUUUAUUGGAAUUAACUAAACAAUAUCAAAAAUCAAUUCAAGAUGAAGAUAAGAUUGAACCAGAAAAGAAGGAAGUUUCAGCAGUUGGUAAAUUAGAUCCAAAGAGACAUUUAAUCUCUGAUGUUCACACAUUAAUGGCCAACAACGUUGUUAGAGUGUUAACUGUUAUGCUUGACACUGUAACUUUCUAA